AUGGAGCUCGAGCAGGAUUUGCUAAACUCCAUGUUGAACAACGCAUGGGGAAAGGCUGACGCUGAAUGUUCCGACAUUCAGAAUCAUAAAAGGGAAACCCGCGAGUUCUUCGACCAACUUCUCUGCAAGCGCAAGGAACAACAAGCGCUGCACUAUGAGCUCCAUAAGAACAUCUAUCUGCAGCGCCGCGUUACCCUCGGUGCGUCUACUUCUCUGUCCACUGCUUCUUCAGAACUUGAGAUCCUGUGCUCCACCCACAAGGACCUAGAGUCAAAACUGAAGGAGGCGGAGGAAAAGCGGGAACUUGCUGAGAAUCAGCUGGCUGAGAAAAAUUCUGAGUUCAUCAGAGAGAAGGCUGAUCUGGUGGAGAAGCGGAGGAAUGACAGCGCUACAGUUAAAAACCUCCAAGCUAACGCCCAAACGCUCCGGACUUAUAUGACGCAAGCAGAGCAAGGUUGGGACCUGCUAAACUCCGACAUCAUGGAGCCACUUGGAUAUGAUGAGGCCCGACGCGGGAUGUUUCUGCGCGAUGACUUGAUCCGGCUGGCCGGAGACGAUUGCAGAGACCUAGUAUCGGCAUGUCGCAAGAAUUGGGCCUGGAUUAGGGAAUCUAUAAUUGAGGCCAUAAUUCCACUGUUUGGAUGUGCACAUAAUCAUUGCCUGAAAACGUUGCUCCAAUUCCAUGCGAGUAUGCGACCCACACGCGCGAGCGAACAGAGUGGCCACACAUUCCGAGCUGCCGACCUCGAAAACACAGCGAAUUCGCGAAACGGUACCCAGUCCGUCCUCAGACUUCCCAACCUCACGCGCGACGGAGAGGCUCCUCCCGGCGGCGCAGGAGCGAUCGAUCGUCACGGAAUACAUGAGGUUGGCGGGCCUCUUCUUGUUGGUGGGGUUAAUUUGCUCAACACGCGGACUGGCCUCUUCUAUGAUCAAGAGCUUCGCCAUGUCCUCACCGAUGAGCAUCGGUUUCGAGCUUAUCUGGAGUUUCGCGAGCAGGCCAUCAAAAUCGCCGUGACUGAACUCAUGUCUGGUGCCAAAUCACCUGCUGAUUUGUUUCUCUCGAUUGCCGAGGAUAGUGAUACCUUCAAUAGCGAGCUUGUCGAGUACAUCUUGAUGCGCUACACGAGGCAUGAUGGAACCUCCUCCAUCUUGCAGCGAUCUGUCACUGGGGAUGAUGGACAUAAUGGAACUGAGGUUGACAACACCUCCAUAAGGCAUUACUUGCCUAAUGAUAUAAUCAGACAAAUCGAGAAUAACCAAAAGUUCCUUUGUCAACAAUUGUCGUCUAUUCAGAGAUACUUUGCAUACCGGAAAUUUCUUGUGAAGCUUGACUUUAUUCAGUCGAAUAGUGAUCCUGAAAGUGUUCUAAAAAGGCUUAAAUCUUCAACUAUAUGCCCGGGGCUUCCAGAUCAUGAGCUAAGGCGUUGCUUAGAGGGCCAUAUUAAUUUUUUGAAAGAAUACGAGGAUAAGAAAUUGGACCCUGCGGCCAGCAUAUCUGAGUAUGAAAACAUAGCUUUGAAGAAGAUCCAUUCAGAGUUGAGUUCAGAAUUACAGGAGCAUCUGGAUCGCUAUGAUUGGAUGCUUAUGGAGCAGUACUAUGACCGUAUGAAAUUAAGGAGUCUUGCAAGAGAAUGUGCUACUCAAGCGCAAAUGACUGGACAUGUUCUUGUCGCAGAGGGUCUACCAAUAAAAGCACAUCUCAAGAAAUAUAUGCUUUACGCAAAUCCAGAAGUUAAGAAGCUGCCUUCAUUUAAACAAGCAGCGAAGCGGUCAUUUGACAGCUACAUGGGUCGAAUAAAAGAGAAAUUCAGAAGCAGGGCUCCUCUUGGCAGGCCUAUCGGAAGGCCAUUCCAGUUGCUUUUUGCGGGUACAUUAGCAACUUCAUUUGAUGACGGCAACAAUGAAGAACGGAAGUAUGACCCCCAGUGUGGCAUGACGAAAGACGAGUUCGAAUGGCGAUGUGCUCAGGUUGACAGGGUAAGCCAGCGUAUGCCCCAAGCGUUUGAGAAGUUGGAUUUCCAGUUGCAGGUUAUGCGUCGUCACUUCCUGGAUGAUCCUGAUGCCCUAAACACUUGGGAUGAGUAUGAAAACGAUGUCCGUUAUGCAUACAGGCAUAACCUCUUGCAGACCCUGUCGUCACCAUUGUCAAUCCCGAACUCUGAUUUGUACGAGCAGCUAAUGAAGAGAAAGGCGCAGUCCAAGACCUUUGUCGGCAAGAUAUCUAGAGGAUUAGACAAGUUCAAAGAGGCAGCAACAAGGAACAAGAGGUUGGUUGGAGCUGGGGUAAUAUUUGCCGGUGCUGCUGCUGUAUUUGCUCUUAGACGACACGCUACACUACGUGAAGUCAAACAGCAGACAAAUGAAGCCUAGCUAGCAACAGUUGGAUCAUGGACUUGCUAUCUACAAAGCAAAACUGUUCCUAUUCAAUAUUACGUUGGAGCAUUUCGUAGUUAAUACCUGGGUGUGUAAGAUGCUUCUAAAUAUAUAAAGCUCCGUAUUAAACUUUGGCAUCUCCCUUAGAGCAAUUCCAAUAGUAUAGCCAACUGUUGGAUAUAACAAGAUGUCAUAUCAUUUGUAGUCAUCAUAUAGCUAAC